AUGCAGCGGCCGGGGGAGCCUGGCGCCGCGCUCUACGGCCCGGCCGAGGGCUGUGCGGACCACCGGCCACACCGUUACCGCAGCUUCAUGAUCGAGGAGAUCCUCACCGAGCCGCCCGGGCCCAAGGGCGCUGCGCCCACCGCCGCCGCGGCUGCCGCCGCGGGCGAGCUGCUCAAGUUCGGCGUGCAGGCGCUGCUGGCGGCCCGGCCCUUCCACAGCCACCUGGCCGUCCUGAAGGCCGAGCAAGCUGCUGUGUUCAAGUUCCCUCUGGCGCCACUCAGCUGUUCCGGGCUAGGGUCAGCACUGCUGGCCGCAGGGCCUGGGCUGCCCAGUGCUGCGGGCACGCCGCACCUGCCGCUGGAACUGCAGCUCCGCGGGAAGCUGGAGGCGCCGGGCCCAGGGGAGCCGGGUGCCAAGGCCAAGAAGGGACGCCGGAGCCGCACUGUAUUCACCGAGUUGCAGCUGAUGGGCCUGGAGAAACGUUUCGAGAAGCAGAAGUACCUCUCCACGCCUGACAGAAUAGAUCUCGCUGAGUCCCUGGGCCUGAGCCAGUUGCAGGUGAAGACGUGGUAUCAGAAUCGAAGGAUGAAGUGGAAGAAAAUAGUGCUGCAGGGCGGCGGCCUGGAGUCCCCGACAAAGCCGAAGGGGCGGCCCAAGAAGAACUCCAUCCCCACGAGCGAGCAGCUCACGGAGCAGGAGCGCGCCAAGGAGGCGGAGAAGCCGGCGGAGGCGCCGGGCAAGCUCAACGACAGGAGCCGCGAUGACUGAGCGCGGCAGUGUGGAGCCGGGAUCCCCGCGCCGCCCGUGGCCCUCAGUCCGCGGGAAGCAGCGAGCCGACCCUGCCACCUCCACGUCGUGUGCUUCCAAAUGUUUUAUUACCUUGAAUGCGGACAAUUGGGGCCAAACGAGGAAGGAGACAAGAUCCUGAAGCCAAACCCAGGCCCCAGCGAGCUCCUGGCUCUCGCCUAGGAGACUCGGUGCUCAGGGCGGCGGAAGCUUUUCUCCUCCGCUCGCUACCCCGAGCGGCCCGGGCCUCCACGCGUACCCACGCCCCGCUCCUCACCCCACCCCGCCUCGGGCCGGCCCUCCUGGCGCCAGAUGCCGCCAGGUCACACACCCGCUCCCGCGUGUUGGGGAUCUCGCGGCCCGGCGGAGGCCACCACGGCCCGAGACGGCGCCCGGGACAGCCCGGUAGCUCAGCCCCGAGUCCUCGACGUCGCCGGGGCCCCUACCCCCUCUCUUUCGAAGACGGUGACUUUUUUUCCAAUAAAA